AUGUCAGCCCGGCAGGAGUCUGGAACCAGGGACCACCCGGCGUGGAUUGAGCUCAAAAAUGGAGGUUCAAAAAUGGCCAGACUAGUUUUUACCAGCGAGUAUUAUACUUUAGAGCUGACCGAUUUAUGUUCGGUCUGGAGCGAGCAUCUCGAAUCGGCUGGCUUGCGCGAACGCCAACAGAAAUGCAGCUGCCCCGUCACGCUGCAAUCUCGCGGCGAAAUUCUGCACUUUGGUGAGUUCCUGUCAAAGCACCUACCAUAUGCUGAGAUUAGGACCGAUGAAGAAGGCUAUGCUGUAAAAGUGGGUCACACAGCCCUCGGAAAGGAAAUCAGUUUCGAAUUCGAGCUGGAAAAGAUCGCCCCUGCCAAGGCUUCUCUGAUCUUGGCCGAGUUGACGUUGGGGUUCAAGAACGUUAUAGAGGCUCUUGGCAAUCGACUAGAGCAAUUGAACGAAGUCAUUCAGGAAAAGAAUUAUCACAUUCGUGCUAUGGCCGACGCAGUAUCGCGCUCAUCGGUUUACGUCCCCCGCAGGCACGAAUCAGCGUACGACGAUGCAUUCAAAAAAAAGGAGAACCGAUCAAAACUAGCUUUUCAGAACUCUUGA